AUGUCACUUCCUUCUAUUCAGGAUGCCAACGAUGCCUUCCAAUCAGGCGAUUAUGCAAAGGCUGAAUCACUUUACAAUAAUAUCUUAGACAUUGACACUUCAAAUACCUCAUUUCAAUUGAGGUCAAAUAACGAAAAGUUGAUAAAUUUAAAAGAGUCUGCAAUUGUUGGACUAUCAAAGAUAUAUGAUGCUCAACAAGACUCUACUAAACUAUCUGAAUUGGUUGAUAAAUCAUUGAAUCUUAUGCGUGGAUCAUUUGCUAAGUCUAAAACUGCCAAGAUUGUCAAACUAUUGUUGGACAAGGUUGAAAGUUCGCAGCACUGGUCGAACUCAAACUUGAACGAAUCUUUGAAAUUGUCUAUUGCUUUGACUGAAAAAUGCAUCAGUUGGUCAAUUGAUGAACGGAGAACGUUUCUACAACAAUCUUUGAAAAUUAGAUUAUCCUUGCUAUACUAUAACAAGGGCAAUUAUAACGAAUCCCUAUCUAUCAUUCAGCCAUUAAUCAAAGAGUUUAAAAAACUAGAUGAUAAGACUUCUUUGGUUGACGUCCAACUACUAGAAUGUAAAAACUAUUUCCAGUUGAAGAAUAUACCUAAAUCGAGGGCGUCUUUAACAAGUGCCAGAACAAGUGCCAACGCAAUAUAUUGCCCUUCAACAACACAAGCGGACUUGGACCUAAUGAGUGGUAUUUUGAACGCUAAUGAUAAAGAUUUUAAAACCGCUUACUCGUAUUUCUUUGAAUCCUUUGAAAAUUACCAACUGCAUGAGUCCAAACUUAAUACUGAGACGGAUAAUAUGAAGUCAGUGAAGGUUUUAAAGUAUAUGAUUCUAUGUAAAAUUAUGAACUCCCAGAUUGAUGAUAUUAAUUCUUUAUUAAAGCAGAAAUCUGUUCAACCUUUUCUUCAUUUGAAGGAUAUCGAAGCAAUGAAGUCUGUUUCAAUGGCUUAUUCAAAUAGAUCUUUGAAAGACCUAGAAAAUUCUUUGAAGACGUAUAACAAGGAACUAACGUUGGAUCCCAUUAUCAGAUCUCACCUAUCUGAUUUAUAUGAUUCCCUAUUUCAGAAGAAUCUACUCAAAUUAAUAGAACCUUACUCAUGCAUAGAGAUAAAUCACAUAUGUGCAAUGAUUGGAUUACCAAAGGAUGUCAUCGAAUCCAAGCUAAGUAAUAUGAUCCUUGAUAAAGUAUUUUAUGGUGUUUUGGAUCAAGGUAAUGGCUGGUUGAUCAUUUAUGACGAGCCUGUCAAGGACGAAUCUUAUGACUUUAGUUUGGAAAUUAUAAAACACAUGUCCAAUGCUGUCGAUUUACUCUAUGAGAAGGCAUCUCUACUAAACUAG